AUAAAAACAACACAUUUUAUUUAGCUCCCUGUCUUCCUCACGCAGUCAAGCCUUCUUCAAUGGCUUCCCUACUCUUUCUCCAUGAUUCUCUUCCACCUUAGAUCAUGAAAUCUAACAUGGUAUCAGAGCGGGAAUGAUCCCGGCUCUUCAAUUCCGCAUUAAACUUCUGUUCGAAUCAAAUUAAUAAUUCGUCAAAAUUUCCCCAAAUUUUAUGCUUCGAAAUUUUUGCUCGAAUUGGGUCAAAAUUCGACGAAUUAGGGUCUUAAUUCGCCCUAAUAUCUUCUAAAUUCGCACACAAAUCUUCUCUAGAACCUUGAAUUAAACAAUUUUUUUUGAUUCUUGAGUUUUCCCCAAAUUCUAGGGUUCUUGAAUUUUUUUGAAAUAUUUGCAAGAAUCUGGUAUUGUUGGUAGAUUCUUGAAGCAAUUUGUGAUUCUAUGUUCUUCGGUGUUUUUAAUCGAAGGAUUGACCGGACCUUUUGAUCGGAGUUUUGAUCUAUGAUCGAUUUGGUUGUGAUUUCUGCUUGGCAAUCUUCCGUCGUCGUCUUCUUCGACGCCUGCUUCUGAUACUUCAAGUUUUGCUGUUCUUCAAUUUCGAAGUUCAAAUUAAUGGCGGGCACUACUCUUCCAUUGUCGUCUUCUUUGACAUCUGCUUCUGUUACUUCGUGUGAGUUUGAAGCAUCUUGCGAUUUCUUCUGGAUGGUGUAUAAAAAGGGGCACAUUUGGUGGAAUAAAUCAUGGUCGUUUUCAAUGAGUGAAGCAUUUAAGGACAAACCAGUCCCGGAAGCCAACACUAGUAAGCGUAAGAAGUUUCAAGAACCAGUAGUUGUAGAAGUUGAAGAUGACUAUGUUGUGAUGUGUUCAAGUGAUGACAAUGAAUUGUCAGAGUAUGAAGAGGAGGAAGAAGGACAAGAAGAAGAUGAAGAAGGAUAUGAUGAGGAAGAGUACGCUACAUUAGAAGAUGAAGGUGUUGGUAAGAAAAAGAAGAAAAACCAGAUAAAGAAAAAGACAUAUGUUAAAAGUAGGCGUAUUGCUUAUGGACAAGAGGAGGAUGAAGAAGAAGAGUAUGAUCAAGAGGACGAGGAAGAAUCAGAAGAAGAGGAACAUCAAGUGCAUAAAGUAAUGAAGAAGAUAUUGAAGCAGCCGCCAUUGCAGAAAAGUCGGCGGGAUUACAUAGCCGAAGAAUAUUCCUUGAAGAAGAAACAGUUGAAGAACAAGAGGCCUAGGGGAGAAUCUGAUGAUGAAGAAGAAGAGGGGAAAGUUGUGAAAAAGAAGUUGGUUCUUAAUCCCAAGAAGAAGGCUAAGAGGAUUGAGAAAACAGAGGGAAGAGAAGAAAAGUCUCAUGUUAAACACAAGGGAAUUACCAAGAGAGGGAAGAAAAAGAGAGUGUUUGUGCAGGUUCCUAUUCCCGUAAACGCAAUGUCUAGGGGUGAAUACGCCAAGCGUCAUGAUGUGGUAGUUGCCACGCAAAGAGAAAAUUGUGACCGGAAGCAACCCAGCGUUAUUUGUCGUACUGAUGCGUUCUCGAAGAUUAUUGCUGGGUUGGAUGAUUCUAGGCGGGACUGUGUAAGAGAAAUGGGGUUUGGGGGACUGUUGGAUCUGAAAAUAUCCAAGCUUCCCAGGCAGCUUUGCUACUGGUUGAUGACCAGGUUCGAUGGAGUCAACAGUUAUCUAGUUGCUGGUGACGGAAAUGUGAUGCCGAUCUCUCCUUCCCAUUGGCAAUAUGUGUUUGGGCUGAAGAACAGCGGGCUUUCAGUGCCCGAAAAAGACGAUGAACUGCCACCAGGGAGAGUUUUACAGAUGGCCCAAAAGUAUGGUGAGAAAAACUCCGUACGCAAGAACAAGUAUACAAUACUUAUAUCAAACUCUACCCGUGUGUUGCAAGGUCCCUUAGAUGAGCAGGGCAAGAUAAAGCCCUUGGGAAGUAAAUGUGAAAGGACUGAGUUUAUGGAAAACUUCAUGAUUGUGUUGUUGGGACAAAUUCUAUGUCCUUCUACAGAUGGUGGCAACAUGUCGACAAAAUUGCUAGGUGCUGUCUGCAUUGCAAAGGAUGCAGCAAAGUAUAACUGGUGUGAGUUCUGUCACAAAUGGCUCUUAUCCUACGCGAUCAACUGCCAGCGGAAGUUAGAAGUCCAAGGUUAUGCGGCUGGGACUGGUGGUUGUGUUUUAUUUUUGUUGAUAUUCUAUCUGGACCGUUUAUGCAGGGUUCCUGUCCGUUGGGACGAGUUUCCUAGACUAAAAGUCUGGACUGAAGAGGAAGUGGAUAAAGUGAAACAUCAAGAUAGGAAACCGAGUGAAGAUUAUGGGAGGUUGACGACGCUUGAUGUUGUGUACGGGGAACCUCAUCCCCUGUUUGGUAGAGAAGGGAGGAAACCCAUUGCAGAACAAGUUGCUGAUAUUGUGAUGGAAAAACUGGGCCCAGUAUUGCAAGAUCUCCGUCGUUCUGCAAGAGCCGUUGUUGAAACGGUCAUUCAACCUGUUAUCCAACAGCCGAACAGGGGAUAUAAGAGCAGCCCGUAAGGCCCGUCACAUUACAACUCCUGCCGUCCAUAAUUGCCGCCCACUGUUCUUAAGUCCAUCGUUCCUGUCAAAUGAUAUUUGUUGUUUAAAUAUUUGUGUGUUUGAAGAUUUGGGCUGUGUUUCAAUCAGACAAUGUGUUUGGUUGUUUUCUUUUGUAUGCCAAACUUUUAUAUCUUUAAACUUGAUUUCCAUAGUAAUGUUAGACGCUUAUUAUGAUU